AUUCGAGGGACUUGAAGUUCCAACAGUUUGUUUUGUUUAUUUCUUGAUUUCUGUUUAUUUUUUUGCCAUUUAAUUUUUCUUUAGUUUUUAAAUUAUUUAAUCGUAAUUUUUAUUGAGUCCACAAUUGCGUUGUGUCCAAUUAUUCACACCUCUGUUCUUAAGGGCAACGAGAUUAAUAUCGUAGCAAUUUUCUGCUUCUACUCUUGUGCUUUUUCAUCACUUUUUUAUUAUUCACAUAAACAAAAUUACUUCUCAUAUUGAUAAUCUUUUCAUCAAAUAUGUUUACCUUUUUUUUUACUUAUUCUUAGGAUUAUUGGAAGUAAAUUAUUUCUUGAGUUGUUAUUUUUAUGGUAAAAAUAAUUAAUUUAAAAUGUGUGAACACUCAGAACUGGUCGCCGAGAUGCCAGUGUUGGAGAAAAUGUCAACACAGGAGAGAUUGAAAUUGGCGAGAAAACGACGAAUGCAACAAUUAAAGAAAUGGAAUCUCCGAGAAAAGGAUUAUAAUUACAAAAAGAAAAACAAUGAAACUUUUGGUAAACGAAGCGGUGGUAAUGUCGGUGUGACCGGUGGUGGAAAGAGAGAUUAUAAAGUUCAUUUUGUUCCAAGUGUUAUGCUGCUUGAAGCCGCUGCAAGAAAUGAUGUUGAAGAAGUGAGAAGACUUUUAAUGCUCGGUGUUAGUCCUGAUUCUACAAAUGAAGAUGGUUUAACUGCUCUACAUCAAUGUUGUAUCGAUGAUAGUGAAGAGAUGAUGAAAAUAUUGAUUGAAUUUGGUGGAAACAUCAAUGCCCAAGACAGUGAACAAUGGACACCUUUACAUGCCGCUGCUACUUGUGGACUUUUACACCUUGUUAGAUAUUUAAUUUCUAAAGGAGCCGAUCUGUUGGCUGUGAAUGCUGAUGGAAAUAUGCCUUAUGAUAUUUGUGAAGAUGAAGCGACUCUGGAUUAUAUUGAAUCUGAGAUGGCAAAAAGAGGAAUAACUCAAGAGAUGAUCGAUGAGACUCGAGCUUCAGUUGAGAAUCGGAUGUUGGCCGAUUUGAAGAAAGUCGCUGAAUCAGGUGGAGAUCUUGAGUUUCGUGAUGUUCAUGGUGCGACACCUUUACACAUUGCGGCUGCAAAUGGAUAUUCAGUAGUUGUUGAGUUUCUUCUCGAUAAUCAUGUUUCAACCGAUGUUGUUGAUAAUGACCUUUGGCAACCAAUUCAUGCAGCAGCUUGUUGGGGUCAUCCUGAUGUUUUAGAGCAAUUAGUUCAAGCUGGAGCUGAUCUUAAUGCUCGUACCAAAAAUGGAGAAACUCCUUUAGAAAUAUGUGAAGAUCCUGAAUCCAAAAGCAAGAUAAUUGAUUUAAUGGGUAAAAUUGAAUGUAAAAAUUCAACUCAUUACACAAAGUCCAAAAAAUGUCAUCUACAAAAUACUAGAUGUCAAAAAAUUCUACGAACAAAAUUAACGCAGAAAUCUCAUAUUUCUCGGCGUGAAGCUCAAGAAGAAUUCAAACUUCUUGCUAGUUCAUUUCAAAGUGGUGAUGAAAAUGAACCAACAGACCAGAAUCACACCAACAAUCAAAAUAACUCUAUUGUGAGUCCUGUUGAUACAAUAAUCCACAAUGAAGUCAAUGAAAUUUGUUUAAAAGUGAAAGAAAAUCUAAGUGAUAUCGGAAUCGUUAACCAUGACACCGGAAUAGAUGAUACGAAAAAGCUUAGAACUGAGCAAAAUCAUCGUAAAAGUCUUUCUCCCAUCGAAUCACCAAAAACCUCUAAUAACGAUCGAGAUCAAACUAUUAGCUCUCGUUCUUUGCGUAAUAGCAAUUCAUCAUCAUCCACUACCCGUCAUACUAAAGUCAGUGACAACAUGAGAGAUUAUAAUUAUCCAGAAGAUUCUGAAGAUUCAAAGUUAUCUCAUGUUUUGGAGAUUUAUGAUUUCCCAUCCGACAUAAGAACCCAAGAUUUGGUUACCUCGUUGGCAGUAUUCAAUUUGCGAGAUUUUGAUAUUAAAUGGGUCGAUGAUUCUCAUGCAUUAGCUGUUUUCUCAAGCCAAGCCGCUGCUAAAGAGGCCAUGUCAAUGCCUCACCACAAUAUACGCUUGAGACCUUUAAAUGAAGGUAUCAAAGAAUCUAAAGUUAAAGCUCAAAAAUGUGCAGAUAACCUUUUACCUUACAAACAGAGACCACAAACUUCAGCUAUACUCGCUCGUAGACUUAUUACCGGAGCGUUAGGAAUAAGAAGUAGCAUAAGCUCUGAACAAAGAGCCGCUGAAAAGAAACGUCUACAAGAAGCUAAAGUUAAAAUGUGUGAACACUCAGAACUGGUCGCCGAGAUGCCAGUGUUGGAGAAAAUGUCAACACAGGAGAGAUUGAAAUUGGCGAGAAAACGACGAAUGCAACAAUUAAAGAAAUGGAAUCUCCGAGAAAAGGAUUAUAAUUACAAAAAGAAAAACAAUGAAACUUUUGGUAAACGAAGCGGUGGUAAUGUCGGUGUGACCGGUGGUGGAAAGAGAGAUUAUAAAGUUCAUUUUGUUCCAAGUGUUAUGCUGCUUGAAGCCGCUGCAAGAAAUGAUGUUGAAGAAGUGAGAAGACUUUUAAUGCUCGGUGUUAGUCCUGAUUCUACAAAUGAAGAUGGUUUAACUGCUCUACAUCAAUGUUGUAUCGAUGAUAGUGAAGAGAUGAUGAAAAUAUUGAUUGAAUUUGGUGGAAACAUCAAUGCCCAAGACAGUGAACAAUGGACACCUUUACAUGCCGCUGCUACUUGUGGACUUUUACACCUUGUUAGAUAUUUAAUCUCUAAAGGAGCCGAUCUGUUGGCUGUGAAUGCUGAUGGAAAUAUGCCUUAUGAUAUUUGUGAAGAUGAAGCGACUCUGGAUUACAUUGAAUCUGAGAUGGCAAAAAGAGGAAUAACUCAAGAGAUGAUCGAUGAGACUCGAGCUUCAGUGGAGAAUCGGAUGUUGGCCGAUUUGAAGAAAGUCGCUGAAUCAGGUGGAGAUCUUGAGUUUCGUGAUGUUCAUGGUGCGACACCUUUACACAUUGCGGCUGCAAAUGGAUAUUCAGUGGUUGUUGAGUUUCUUCUCGACAAUCAUGUUUCAACCGAUGUUGUUGAUAAUGACCUUUGGCAACCAAUUCAUGCAGCAGCUUGUUGGGGUCAUCCUGAUGUUUUAGAGCAAUUAGUUCAAGCUGGAGCUGAUCUUAAUGCUCGUACCAAAAAUGGAGAAACUCCUUUAGAAAUAUGUGAAGAUCCUGAAUUGAAAGAAAGAAUAAUAGAACUGCGAAACGAAAUGGAAACCAAAAAAGCGAGUCAUUCUUUACGAUUGAAAAGAUCUCACUCACAGAAUACUAGAAGUCAAUCUGUUCGUCGAACUAGUAUAAGAGAAAAGUCUCAAAUUUCUCGACGUGAGGCUCGAGAAGAGGCUAGACUUCGUGUUGAAUCUUCUCAGAAUGGUGAAGAUGAUGAAGAUCAGACACAAAGAAAUAAUCUCACCAAUAAUCACAACAAUUUCGCUAAAAAUUUAACCAAUUCAAGUUCUACGAUAAUUUCCAAUUCCAAUGAUAAAGAUGAGCCAAUUGUUAUCAACAAAGUCAAUGGUUUUUCUUCACCAGUUAAAGGAAGUGUCAGUGCUUCAGGACAUGUUAAUAAUGAUUUAAUAAAUUCUUCCUCUCUUCUUCCUUCUUAUGGUGAUAGUUUAAUUACACCAGAGCCAAACAAACAAUCUUCUAACCAUCAAUUCAUCGAGUCAAAUGUUGUUCCCAAGCAAAUCCCAUCCUCCUCUUCAUCAGAUUAUCAAAUCAAUCUUAGACCAUUAAGUAAAGAUGCAGUUGUCAUUCGUAAUGAUGGUUAUUGUGAAAAAGAUUCUAUUGGAACUGAAAGUGUCACCAACAGUAUUAAUGAUUUUAAUAGCGAUUUUGAUUACUCAAGAGAUGAUCAAUCAGUAAUUGAUGGUAUACCAAGUGGAACAACUAGCGAUUCAUUAUCAUGCCGGUCAGGGUAUAACAAUAACAACUUAAUUAAUCGAGCAAUUGAGGAAUCAUCUGGUCGAUCAGUAAGACAAUUAGCCACAUCUAAAAGCAAUAAUCGUAAUUCAAUUAGCUCCGGAUCAAGUAGUACCACCACCGGAAAUACUAGUAAUAAUAUGCUCUCCAAUGAAUCAGUUAAAGUGGAGAUACAUGUAACAGUAAAUGCGAAUCCACCAAACAACAACUUUGGAACGGGAACUUUAGCCGAUCUAAAGAAGCAUCGAGCUGACCUACGUCAUCGUAAUAGUCUUUCUCCCGGAGAAUCACCAAAAACAUCCAAUAACGAACGAGAUCAAACCAUUGGUACUCGAUCUUUACGUAAUAGUAAUUCAUCUUCAUCCACCACAACAACAACAACAACAAACGCCCGUCAUCUUAAGGCUUCCUAUUCCUUUCAAUCUCCACCCUCUCCCAGCGGAGAUUUGAAAAAGUUUCGAGCCGAUCCAAGUGAAGUAGUUGGUGAAAUACAGAACAAAGGAUGUUGUAAGCUCAUGUAACUUUCAGAUAGAAAAGAGAAAAACUAAUCAUUCCCUCUUUCUUUUUGCCUUCCAUUCUCAUUCUCAUCAUCAUCAUCAUCAUACUUCACCACCACAACCCUUAUCAUCAUCAUCAUGCUUUUCAUCAUCUCAUCAUUUUUAUCCUUGCCUGUUCUCUUUCUCCUCUCUCUCUCUCUCUCUCUCUCUCUCUCUCUCUCUCUCUCUCUCAUUCUCUUUCCACCAUCAGAAAAAAAUCCUUCUUUUUUUAUCUAUUUUUUAUAUCUAAACACACACACUUAACAACAAUUAAUUAUUAUUACUAUAAUAUUCAACUUUCCAUGAACACUAAAACAUGAAAUGAUUAAUUUUAAUCAUUUGAAACCUCAAUUAUAAUUGUUAUUUAACUUUGUUUAACUAACAUAAUCAAUUGCGGUGGAAAAGUUGAAUAUUUUGUAAUUGAAGAUAUUCCUUUGUAAAUUUAAUUAAUGUUUUCUCACCCGCGCCCCAACUACGAAGGUCAUUUUCAAAUACAACAAUCAAUUAUGAAGAAGAUAACAAGCUUCAUUAAUCAUAAGCAAUCAAGAUAUUUAAAUUAUAUUUCCAUUGAUAAAAGAAAAGAAGAAAAAAAAAGAGAGAAAGUGGAAACAUUUCCGUUUCCUAAUAGAUACGGAAAUGAGAAUCAUCUCAAUUAAUUAAUCAUCUAAUCCACCCUUUCCCCAUCCUUUCCAAUAUUUACUAUUAACUUUAAAUUGUUGGACCAAAUUAGCCACCCUUUAAUUGCCUUCUCAACAACCAAACGCAAUUUAAAAUGCAUUUCAAAUCAAUUCCAAGAUGAUUUUAUUAAUGUAAAACAAUUAAGGAUCAACCACUAAUCCCUUCUCAAUCCCUAAUCCAUCAAAAAAAAUCAGCUCUCAUGUCACAACUUUUCAUUUUCCUCUCAAAAUCAGCUAUUUAUUAUUACAAUUAAGUAAUUAAUUAUUACCUUAAUAUUAAUCAUGUUGUUAUAGUUGUGUAAUAAUUUACUUGAUAACAAAACAAUUUAACUUUUUUUUAUAUAUAUAAAUACAUAGUAAAUAUACAAUCAUCACCUUGUAUUAUUAUCAUAAUUAAAUAUGAGCUUGAUACAAUUAUUUUCAUACCCAACCCAAGAAAAUUAAGAUUAAUCAUCAAUUGAAACAAUUAACAUGAUUUCAUCUUGGAACACGAAUUGUUCAACUUAAAUUGAUUGAUUGUAAAAAAAAGUAAAUAUCAAUAAUUAAACAUUUACUUUACAUAAUAGA